AUGUCUGAGGUAGUAACCGGUGUUAUGAAACUUACAUUUGGCUUUUUAGCGAAAAAGAUUCGCAGUGAAAUUGCAGAACGUUUGAAAGAUGGUGACGUCACCGACGAAGAAUGUCGGCGCUUGAUUGUCAGAGAACUUGACGAUAUCAAAAGCAAGUUGGAUGGUUUGGCAAGAAGUAGCCUUUUGAGUAGCCUUUGUUUUCUUCAAGACGGAGUCAAUCGACUAUAUCAAUCCCUACUUCAAGUGGAUUCAAGUGAAAAUACAGCAGAAUCGACCGAAAUAGCGACCUUAGUCGAAGCUGCGUCAUUCAGAGACACUGGUCCUGAUUCUCCUAUCAACGAAGUUAUUGCUCUUAUAAAUGCCAUCAAGUUAUUGAAAAUACGCUCCAAGGAACGCUUUAAAUCUGCAAUAAAAUCGUUCGAACUCGCGGGUGAAAAUGCCACCAAAGCAUUCUGUAACGAAGCGUUGUCCAUCGAAGACAGAAUUCAAGCGUCCCAAGUCAGAAUGAUGGCGAGAAUUUUGGAAAAUUUGGAAGAUCCAGAAGCAAGCGCAAGUGAUUGCUUGCAGUACCUUAAACAACUUCAUGAUAUCGGAGCUAUUCGAGAAAUAUUUUCCGUUCUGAUUAAUGGAGGAAUGAAGUCGAGGUUCAAUAAAACAAAGCGACUUAACAAUGCCUCGUCAGUUCAAGUCAUGAACCAAAUAUUGUUUGAGUUCGUCAGAAAGUUCACGAAAUCGUCAUUGCUCACGAGCAUGUUUGCCUGGCCGACGAUUUUGCUCGGUGAAAAAACUUACCGUCUCGUGUUUGGAGAAGAACGCCAUAUUGAAGAACUUAAAGGGUCUGGUAUGCAAGUAAUGUCUCUGGAUUCAGAUUUUACAUUUGGUGAUGAAAUUUACUCUGGAUAUCAUUCUGUUGUAAACAGCAAGAAAGACAUCGUUGCAGUGACGUGGGAUGAACGUACUUUUAAAGUUUUUAAACGUUCGUCAGCGGAAAGUCGUAUUCUAUGUGAAACUCCCAUGGAAGAACGUGCGUCAAAAUGCUGCGUCACGGCGAUGGAUAUCGAUGCCGAAAAUAACCUAUAUGUUAUCACUAGAUUCAAAAAAAUCAAUGAUGAAUCAUGGAGUUUUAAGUUGUUUAUCUUUGAUGAGAAUGGAAACAAAAAACUUGAAUGUUCGUUACCUUUUCAUCAAAGACUUUUAAAAGGAGUGCGCAUGGCAGUAAACAAGGACGGAAAGAUUGCUAUUUUAAAUCGCGAGGAGAAUAUCCUGUAUAUUGGUGACGUAUGUGUUGAGCUGAAUUCGUUCAAAGUCGACAAAAGUUUUUUUCUCAGGGAGUUAUCUAUCUGUAAUCAUGUGCGAUUCUCAAGUUUUGAUGGAACAAUAAUUGCUGCAAGCUGGGAAAAUGUUUAUAUCUACACAGAAAAUGGAGAGUUACAACAUAAAAUUGAGAAACCCACAGGAUAUGGAUUUAUUGACUCCGUUGCAAUAAAUCACGUCACAAAACGUAUCCUAGUUACAACAAAACGGUCAUCAUGGUAUAGUCUGCUGAGUUUCUCAGAAACUGGGCAACUACAAGACAGUUUAUGUUUGGGGUCUAGCGAAUGGAUUCGAUAUGCUCAGCUAAAAUCUCAUCCAAAUGAUCCAGUUGCUUUAGUUGGUAAAACAGUAGCAACUUUACUUCAACUGUAG